GUAGGGCGAGAAUACGGUACGGCAGCGGUGGAGAUGGUGGCUCAACCGCAUGUUCUUGAUCUGUACUCUGAUUCGGCAAUAUCCGGGAACUCUUGCAAGCGCGGACGUACGAACAAGUCCAACAAAUGGCAGAAAGAGUUACAUGACAAUGAGGAAGUGAGCGAGAAUGACCCAACUUUUGAAAUGCAUGAAGAGGAAGAAAACUUUGAAGAGUUAAGUGAUGCUGAUGAAACUUCCGAGGGACGUGAUGAAACUUCUGAAGGAGGUGCAUUUCACAGCGCACAAGAUUCUAAGGAGGAAAGCAACAGUGAUCAAGCUCACAGAGGACAUCCAACAGCGAAUGUCGAAGUGACAAAUCCAACAGAAGAGAGCCACAACGACGAAAAGCGUGGUUUUGACAUGUUCCACAAGAGAUCACUAGGAAGAAGUAUUACAGAAGCAAAAGACACCUUAACACAGGAGGUUAGAAGAGGUGUUUUCAGUGCAACGACAACUAGAGAUAAACCUCCUUACAAUUUAGGAAAACGUGGUAGGAACUUGCGAGUGUACAAUAAGAAGGCGAGCUUUCACGUGGACAUGAAGAAAGCAGAAGAAGUCUUGAAGAGAAAUUGUUGCAAGGCAAAAUGUUUUCGCAAGUUUAGCGCAACUUAUGUGUAUUACACGCGAGAGAUAUUUUGGGCAAUGAAACAACCGGAGCAGGUCAAUUUCCUUCUCAGAGAGAUGAGAGUUACCUCAUACUUCUCAGAUGAAGGACAACUGGAGAAGUUAAGGCAAUUUCCCUGGCUUGUUCCACCCUUCACAGUCCCGUCCUUCUCCUCACAUCUUGGUAGUGAUAGCCACAGGUCCUUCCCAGUCUCCUACUUCUCCUCGCUCAGUGAUGACAGAGGUUGUAGUAGAGGGGGGCCAGGGGGGAGGGAUGGGGGAAGACUACCUGGGGCUCUGGGAGGGGUGGAGGAGAAGGUGAAGUGUCUGAUGGAGAGGAGGGUGGAAGGGGAGGCGUGGCAGGCCGGGGGUGUAAGGGCAGGGGUGGGCGGUCGAAGACCGCAUGGGCAAGGAACGUUGCUGUACGCAGAUGGGAGCAUGUACAAAGGUGAUUGGCAACAUGGUAUUUGUCACGGCAAAGGAGAAUGGAAAGAUGCGAUAAGUGGAAUUUUCUAUGCUGGCAUGUUUGAGAAUGGGAAGAGAAAAGAGAUCCCAUCAUAUCUAUCAGUUGCAAGCACUGCAGCAGAAGUGGACAGAAGGAGAAAUGUGUCUGUUCUGAAACUGCCAGCAAAUGAACAGCUUCUCCCCGAUAUCUUUGUUGCUUGUGCACUUCCUGUGCCAGAGCGGAAGCUCGUGGAAGGCAACUUGGAUGGUGUGGGAGAAGAGAAGGAGAAGGAGGAGAAGGAAGAGGAGGAGGAGGAGGAGGAACACCUCCCAUUACUGAUAGACAUCAAUGCGCUGACCAAUGAUGAUGCCAAUGAUGCUACAUCAGGUUCUGAGGGGGAAUAUUCAUUGAGAAAUAGUGUACAGCAUUCUCUCGAACUUCUCGCCCGCCUCCCUCGAGUAGCGGCUUGCGAAUCGGGAAGAACAUUGGCCAUCAGCAUUCACAUCGGAGAGCCUCAGGUAAUUGAACCUGUUACAGACAUUGGUCAGCAGCAGCAGCAAGGGACAGCUGUUGCUGCUGCUCCUUCAAAGGGGAAAGCUAAGGCUAGCUUUACAACAAAAAAGAGUCGCCUGCGGUCAUCGUCAAAGUCAAAGGCAACCACACCAACAUCAUCAAAGCCAGGAACUCCAAGAGGAAAGAGGGUAAACCCCUUUGCUGCGGGUAGGGGCCCGUCAGUGCCAGAGGUGGAAGCUCUGCAACAGCAGGUGUCGUUUGGGGAAAGUUUGUCAUUUCGAGUCGAAGAAGGAUCACCACCUUUGCUCCGGCAACAGGCACGGACACACAAAGGAGUGGCACAUUUCUCAGGAUUAGAGAUGCAAAAUGCAUUUGAAAAGCGGGGAACCUACACCAUCCGCAUUGUGGAUGUCACUCCUGCAGGCCCCGGGGUGGACAUAAUGCCUCAACAAUGGAUUAUAGCAAAGGUCCAAGACGGGGGUCUCAGGGGUUCAACAAGAGGAGGGGGUGGGUCGGGGGCAGGGACACCAAGAGGAAGAGGAAGCGUGAGGGGUGGGGGACAAAGAGGAGGGAGUAGAACACCCCGGGCAUCAUCGCCCGGAAAAGCAUCCGGGAAGAGUUCAGCAAGCCCAAAACCCGGAUCAGCAGGCAAGAGAGCGUCUGAUCAAAGGGGAAAAUCCAGAGGGAAGUUGUGAUUUCACUCCUUAAAGGAAGAAACAAACAAACAAACAAAAA